UAUGUUAUUUGACUUACAAAUAUGGUUAAAAAAAUUAAGGUGCAAAAUUAUAGCAAUUUUGUAUGUAAAAAAAGAUUUAUAUCAAUAAGAUCGACAUUGUGCAUUGAUGAUAAAAGUAUAACUAUUUUAGUAGGUUUUGGUUUAUAAGAAAUAAGGAUAAAUGUUUUUGAAAUCCAAAUAUGGUAUUAUUCGGCUCACGGUUUUUUGAACGCUGCAAACGAAAAGUCGCUGUAAUUCUUUUUUAAUGUUUCCGAACCAACCAUUUAAAUAUUAUUUUUCAAUUGCCAAUGGAAUACUAAAAAACCAGUUAUUCUUAGUUAAAUUUUCUAAAUUCUAAUUCAUUAGUGCCAUAACUACGUCAUUUGGAGAGUUAAAAAAAAUUGCCAAUUAGUUUUUUGCACAAUAUACUUUUAGGUGCACUUAUAUAUUAAUUUCUCAUCAACCAGUACAAAUAUUUUUACAUUAUAUACCACAGAUUUAUUUGUUAAAUAUAUUCUUAAUGAGUAUCAACCUCUAAAGUUAAAUAAUUACUCGUCAAUUAUUAUGUAUUCUGAAGGCAAGAAAUAUUUUUAACGAUUUUCAACAAAUAAUUCAAAAAGUUCUCUUAUUGAACACUUUAACUCACAAUUUUACUUUAUGUCGUUUAAUUGGCAUCUCUUUCUUUCAAAUUCCCCAUUAAAGUUAGUAAAUAUAUUUUUUAGUACAAUGUGUAAUUAUACGGGUUAUCACAAAAUAAUAAAUCAAAAUAAUCCAUAGUAUCUGAUUUAUUUUUAGCCAUUGUGUUAUAAUACAUUGACCUCUCAUUACAACUCUUAUCUAGACAGUAAACUAUGAUAACUAUUGUCAAAUAAAAAUUGUCAUACUGUCACAUAUGGACAAUAUAAUCAACAUUAUCUAUUAAGCAAUAAACUAAAUUAAUUUAAAACUUUCAUGUAAAUAUUAAAAUACACAUAAAUAUUAACAUAAAUUGUCACUAAUAUGUCAAUAUUAUAAUGAAAUAAUUAAUCAUUGUCCAGAAUAGUAUGUUAAAUUUUAAGAUAACAUGUAAUAAAUAAUUUAAUAAAGAGAUAUCAAUAGCGUUUCUGACACUUCUUGCACAUGAAUAUAGAUAUAUUAAUUAACAAAUCAGGAUAUAAAAGGGAACAAAACAGGCUAAAACAGGGCUCAUUUUACAUUGAUCCAGGCGUGCUCCCAGUAUUGACGCAGCUCAUUAAUCUCAAUCGUUUAGUUCAUGUGUAAGAAGUAAACAGAUACGUUAAGAUUUAUUCAAAAUAAACAGACGACUUAAUUCAUUCUCUAGAUAUCCUCUGGAAAUAUCAAGGGUGAGUAUAACAAGAAGACGCAUUAUUGGAAUCAGCAUACGGGCGACAUGCCAAAAAAGCGUUCUUCGGUUGCAAUAGAGUUCAGGGUAUAAAGUUGUGUUAUUCGUUAGAGACCGGAAAUACAGAGACACUUUUCUACAGCAUAUGCAUAAAUUUGAUAAACUAUUCUAUGGUCACUGUUUAAACUAUUCAAAUCAUGGCUUAUAAAGGAAAAUAGUAGAUGCUGAGAUUGUCCAACGAGGAAACUCGUCCAAAAACGUAUAUUCAACAAAAUAAUUUUAACGAGUACCUAAUUUUAUUUUAUUUUUUAAUAAUACUAAAAUUUAAACAUUAUUUAAUAAAUUUGAAAAGAUUCAGUAAUAACAAUCAUUCAAUUUUACUCUUGUAAAGUAAAGAUUUUUCAACUUAGAAAUAAAUUGUUGACACAUUUAAAAAAAUAUUUCGCGGCUGCACUGAAUUUAAGCGUGCUGAUCACUGAUAAUUAUCAAAAUGAUAACAUUGUCAAAAACGAUUAUCAUUCUAUUUAAAUACAUAAACUAAAUAAUAAGAUCUUUAACUGUAUAGUGUAAAUAGCAAUUAAAAAGUUUUUAUGUAAUGAUUAGUAUCAUUUAAUGUUUAAAUUAUAACUAAUUUUAAAAAUCGGUUUUUUACUUAAAGUUGCAUUCUAGUUAGUUUUUUAAUUUAAAAACGGCCUUUGUUUUAAAAUUAUAUGUAUUCGUUACAUGUCAAUUAGUUUUAUAAAUAUUUUUUUUGGCUAACAAGAACUGUGAUGGAUAUCGAAUAUUCAAGUAUAUUGAAGAUUUCUAGACUUUUGUCAAAUUUAAGUGCCCAUUCUAUACAUGAACAAGUAUUUGGCUUAUCUUUUAUGUUUACCGUUGAAACUGGCUUUGUUCCAGUUACUUUAAAAGAACAUUUUAACACAAUAGAUUCAAAUAUUGAAUUAGAAAAAUUGAUAAACAGCCAUGCUCUCAGUUCAUUUUGGCAUGAAAAACAAAAUAUUUUUACAGCUCAACUAUUAUUAACAAAUAAUUUAUGUAAUUUAGUUGGAAUACCUAUUGACAAUUCUAUUAUUAUUUCAUUAAAUAACUUAAAUGUAUCAAAAUCAAUAGUACUUCCAUGUAGUAACAAUUUCUCAACUGACAAUUUAAUUUGGAUGAAAAUAAAGUUUAAAAAUUUGGUAAGUGUUCCUAUUAAAUGUCACAUAUUAAAUGAAACUAUUGGUCAGUAUCCUGGAUUGUGUGGGCUUCCGGAGGAAUUAAUAUUGUACAUAAUGACUAGAUUGGAUUCUAAAAGUUUAUAUUCAUUAAUGUUGAGUUGUAAAAAAUUAAAUGAUUUAGCAGUUAAAACCCAAAGUUUAUGGAAAAAAUUAGUAUAUGAAGAAUUUAAAAAUUCAUAUCAUAGGGGUUUUCAUGCCAUAAAUCAACAUUCAAUAAAUGACUGGAGAUUAUAUUAUUUUAAGUUAAAAAAGGAGAAAUGUGGUAGAAAAACUAUUACAAUAGUAAGAGAAUAUACAUAAUUUAUAGAAUUAUAAAGUAAUACAAAUAAAUUUUCUAUAGUUGUCUUGUUUAAUAAUAUAUUGAUAAAAUAUCAUAACAUAAACUUUGUUUUGUAUUUUUCAUUUUAAUUUGUAUUAAAAAUAUAAUCUAAUCAAAUAGAAUUAAUUUUUAUAAUA